AUGUCGGCGAAUUCCCCAAACUCAGCACUACUCGUUGCUGUCGCAAUCGCUUUGCUGGUUGUGUCAGGGCCAACACACGCGUGGUGGUGCAAAGGGCACAUGGUGGUGAAUGAGAUUGCCAAGCGCCACUUGAACCAGAACGCGGCUGCAUUGGUGGAGGCGGCGGCAGCCAACCUCAGCCUCAGUGGGCCAUUUCCACAGUUUAUUGAUUUUGUGCAGAGCGGCUGCUGGGCCGAUGAUCUCAAGUCCUUUGGGCUUGAUGUCAUGGAAACCUGGCAUUUUAUUGACACCCCAUACAACCCGCAGAAGGUGCCCAUCAAUAAGGAUCCUGUGGCGACGGUAAAUGUAAAAACUGCUAUCGAGUCCCUGACAAAGACUCUGAAGAAGUAUAAGAAAAAACCGGUUCCCUACGUUAUCAGUUUUGCCAUCGCGAAUCUCGCCCACUUUUACGGGGACAUCCACCAGCCUCUGCACUCCAUUACCUUGUUUUCUCCUGCGUACCCAGACGGCGACAGGGGCGGUAAUCUUGAGGUGGUGCAAGUCCGUGGUGCCACGAUGAAGCUGCAUGCGGUGUGGGACUCCAUUUGCCAGGGUGAGCAGCCAGACCCGCCACGACCGUUAAGCAGCAAGGAAUACGCGAAGCUGAGGGCGUAUGCCGACUAUCUAGAGGACACGUACAAGCCCACAGCAGCGGAGAAGAGUGAAACAAACGUGACUGUGAUGGCAGGGGAGAGCUACAAGAUUGGCGUGGAGGUCGUCUACCCUGGAGUUCGGAACGGUGUGGAACUCACGCAGGAUUACCUUGAGCGUUGCAAGGCGGCUGCAGAGCUGCGGCUGGUACUUGCCGGGCACCGACUAGCCGCGGUACUUAAUCAGGUGUUCAGUGACGUUGCCACAGACCAGAGCCCGAAAUCAAAGCCACAUUGUCGUGGCCCAUGUUCCUUUUUGCAGGUAUAUUUUAGCUAG